CUCACAGGGUGGAGACUGAUGUGAUAGAGGAGGACAGCUGCAUUUAUCAGUGUGUGGUGAGAGAGUCAGGGCUCCACAUCACAGGCACAUACAUCUAGCAAACAUGUACUGCUGGGGCAACAACAGAUCUAGGCAGCUGGGUCUUGAAGACAAAGGAGAGGAAGAUGUUGACUUCACCGAAAAUGACUACUUUACUAACCAAGUGGGUGUACAAAAGGUGGCAUGCGGAGGAAGACAUACACUUUUCCUCCAGGAAGAUGGCAUUGUUCUUUCCUGUGGUCAGAAUGACUAUGAACAGCUGGGCAGGAGGACUGACACGAGCUCCUUAGGACAAAUCCAUUCCCUGGAAGCCCAGACAAUUGUGGAUGUGAGCUGUGGGUCUAACCACUCUGUGGUAAUUUGCAGUGACGGAAAUAUAUUUACUUGGGGUGGAGGGUCACAAGGACAACUUGGAUCAGGACAAUUUCCUCAGAACUCCCGUAUUCCUAGAAAGAUAACCGUAUUGUCUGACAUAAGAAUAAUACAAAUAUCCUGUGGACAUUUCCAUACAGUUGCCCUUUCAGAAGAUUGCAAUGUUUUUUCAUGGGGAAAGAAUGAUUUCGGUCAACUGGGGCUGGGCAAAGAGAUGCCUAACCAAGCCAUCCCUCAAGUUGUGAAGUCUCUGAAAGGCGUUCCUCUGCUUCAAGUCUCCGCAGGGGGUUCUCAGAGUUUUGCUCUGUCAAUGUCAGGAAUUGUGUUUGGAUGGGGAAAGAAUAAUGCAGGACAAAUAGGACUUCAGAGUGACCCUCUAAAAGCAGGUGUCUUUAAACCACAUGCAGUAAGUUCUUUGAGAGAUAAAGGUGUUAUCUAUAUCAGUUGUGGAGAUGAACAUACUGCCGUACUAAGCAAGGAGGGCACUGUAUACACUUUUGGAGAUGGAACACAAGGACAGUUAGGGAAGAGUUCUAUUACUCACACUUCUGUGCCUCAGAAGAUAGAAGAAUAUGAAAGGCAGGUUUCACAGAUAGCCUGUGGAAGCUAUCACACACUUCUAUAUGUUCUCACGUCUAAUCAAAUUGUAUCCUUUGGUCAUGGAAUACAAGUGAAACUAGAUGAUCAUCCACCAGAAGUCCCAUUGGAAGCUGACAUUGUGUUCACUUCAAAAGACCUCAAGGACAUUUCUUUAAAGCAGAUCUUUGCUGGGAACAAUGUCAGCUUUGCAACCUCCACUCUGCAACCACAGACCCAUACUAUUACUCUAUUGACUGAUAACUUACAAAAAAUUUGCCGACUAGACAGCACUGUCAUAAAGAAGUGGAUAGACACUAAACCUGGAAUAUCAAAGCGUCAGGAUGCAAAAAGGGAAAUAAUCCAAAUAUUUUCGGCACCUGCUUGCCUGACUGCAAGUUUUUUAAAGAACCGAGGUCCUUCAUCUGACCCAUCUGCUCCAAUAGUGGACCUUCAGGUUGCAAAUGAACUCUUUACAACACUAUGCCAACACAAGUGGAUUGCUGACAUUAUAUGCUCCAGUUUGAAAAAUGAACUGAUCCCAGCAACUGAGAGUCUCCCAAAUCUUUUUGAGGCUCUGUCUGUGUUUCUUUUAAUCCCAGAAUGUCCUAUAAUGCAGGAUGCCAACAUCUGCUUGCCACUGGCAUCCUCUUUGGUACAGGCUAUCAACAGUCUCAGCUCAAAUGCUCUAAAAAUGUUGGAGACAUUAUGGUCAUCUUUGCCUGAAUCUUCUCUGACAAAGCAAGUCCAGAUGUUUAAAAUUGCCUUGGUAUUGAGUGUAUUCAAUGAUAACAAGGAGUCUAAGAAAAAUAUACUCGAAGUACUAAAGCGGCUUUAUAAGGCAAACAUGAAAGCUGGUUAUAAAGUACCAAUAAACUACUUCUGCGUGCCUGAAGUUUCCAAUGUAAUCAUCAUCCCUGUUGAUCUUAAGAACUGGAGGAUCUAUCAAAGACAAACUGAGGCUAAUGGCACCAUACUACCUGAAAUAUAUUGUCGUUAUCCAUUUAUCCUUACAUUUGCCACCAAGAUUCAGUAUUUGCAUUUCGAUGCAAUAGAGAAGAUGAAUAAAGAAAAGGUACAAGCCAACCAAGUGCUUAUGAUAAACAGAUUGCUGGGCAGUAGUGAAACCCCCAGAAUACCUAUUUUACAUCUCAAACUCAGACACCAACAUCUAGUGGAAGAUGCACUGAAGAAGUUAAGCGUGGUGGAAGACUGUGACCUACAAAAGGAAUUACAGGUGGAAUUUCACGGUGAACCUACAACUGAUCCCCUAGCAAACAUGGCAGAGUUCUUCCUUUUAGUGGCUGAAAAGAUGGUACAGCCUGACUAUGGUCUGUUCACUUGUACUGAUCCACUACUACCAGUGUGGUUUCCGAGUCAUCCAUUAGCGGACAAAAAACUGUAUUAUCUCUAUGGCAUUAUGUGCGGGCUGGCAAUUUUUAACCAGACUGUUAUUUAUCUGCCAUUCCCAUUGGCUUUGUUUAAAAAACUUCUGGGUAAAAAAAUUACUCUAGAGGACUUAAAGGAGCUACAACCUACCAUGGGAAGGAGUAUGCAGAGUCUAUUGGAUACUGAAAAUGAAAAGGAUGUGGAGAGGCUAGAUCUGUAUUUCACUCUCUCCUGGGAAAACCAAACCAUAGAACUGAUCCCCAAUGGAGCGACAGAGCGUGUGACCCAUUUAAACAAGCACAACUAUGUCACUAAAUGUGUGGAGUACAUUUUCAACACAUCAGUGGCUGUCAUGUUUGAGGAGUUCAGGAAAGGCCUGUACAAAGUCUGCGACAAAGAUAUCCUCUUAUUUUUCCAGCCGGAACAACUGAUGUCUCUUGUCGCUGGUCACGUUAAUUAUGACUGGACUGUAUUUGAAAAGACUACCAUUUACUCUGGAAAGUAUUCUCCCACAUAUCCAACUAUCAUCAUGUUUUGGAAUGUUUUCCACCAACUACCACUGGAAAAAAAGAAAGCGUUUCUCUAUUUCAUAACAGGAAAUGACAAAAUCCCAGCGUUCAGGCUCCAGCAUCUCUGUAUGAAGAUCUCCUCGUUUGGUGUCCCAAGUGAAAGCUAUCUUCCGGAGGCAAAUACCUGCUCUCAGCUACUACUCCUUCCUGAAUACUCAAGCAGUGGCGUGCUGCGCAGAAAGCUUCUUCUAGCCCUCGAGAACAACAGAGGCUUUGAAAAAAAAUAGAAAGCCUGUUGUCUUCAGCCUGUAUUGUCACAAGUGGUGGCUUCUCCUCUACUUCAGUAACAGACAGGGUGAUGUGUUCUGCUUAAACUCUGUGCAGGGUUGCCAACCGUCCAGAAAUUAUUGGACAGUCCAUAAAAAUAAGGGGAAUUUUUCCAGUGUCUGUCUGUAAAAAAAAAUUUGAUGUGUCCUUGAUUUUUUUUUUUUCAGGCUGGUGUUACUUGAUCAGGUCCCUUUAAUUGUAAUUCUUAGCAUUUUUCUUUUCAAAUGAUUUUUAUUAGAUUUUUCAAGAUAUAAUCAUACAUAACAAUGAAUCCAAAUUAUGUAUAAAGUAGUAAUGUUUAAAAAUUACAAGUUUUUACAUUGCACUAGAGUAAUGGUAAAUAUACAUGCAACGUUAAGAUGAAGCGAAAAUUUUAUACAGUUUCAAUUAUACAAUAUAAAAUAUAUGAAAUAAGUUCAAAGUACAUCAUAAACACAAUGACACAAGUUGUGUCCAAAAUGUUCUUUUCAUUAAUAGAGAGGUAGUUGUC